UUCAUUUCGAAUGAGAAUUUAUCGCGCCUUGCUUUGAACUGAAUGUUUUUGAGGUAACCAUGGUUUCCUUUCUUGAGGAACCUGUACCAUUUCUCUUUCUAUGACUCUUUGAGUAUUAUUUUAGUUUGCAAAGAACUUUAUAGCCAUUGGGCAGAUUAGAAACAAUGAAACGUUAAAGGCUCGUCCACUUUCUUGAGAAAGCUAUUCUUACAAAGUUGAAGGCCAGAACAUUCAAGAAAUAACAAAUUGUUCAAGUUGCUACCUUGCUGCUACGUAAAAUGAAACAACCUUGGAACAAAACUUAGGGAUACGCACAAUAGUUCUCUUCCUCUUUUUACUUAACUUUUGCAAAUUCUUAAAAUUCCUCGUAUUGACAAGACUUGUUGAAACUUUAGUGGAAAUAGUAGACAAUAUGACGGAUUUUGAAAAGAUGUUUCAAUAGCAAGCGUUUGAUAGGAAAAUCGAUAAAACAAGGAUAUUGAAAGCAGAUAAAGUGGUUGAUCUCAGCUCAGAGUUCAUUUGGAUAAAAGCAGAGAACAAUGUACUGUCAGAAAUAAAUCUCUGCAGCCGAAAGCCACAAAUUGACCCAAAGUAAGAUAAAUCUGGUGAAGAUUAUCUCAGUUUACAAUCUUGUACACAAUGUUUGCCUUUGCUAGCCUAUGUAAAUUUUUCGUAUCGAGAAAGAGUUUCACUCAUUUGACCAAGUUGCAGCAUGUGUCCGUGAAUAAGAGUAUCUUCUCACUCCAUAUGACUGUGAAGUCCAGAGCGCUUCCUUUUCUCGAAGCACCUAAAAAGCUCGAUGGAAAGAUUCCUGGAGAUGCAGGCUUUGAUCCACUUUAUAUUUCUGACAACAUGAAUCUUGAUUAUCUUCGAGCUUCUGAAAUAAAACACUGUCGUGUGGCUAUGCUUGCUGCUCUAGGCUAUAUAACACAAGAAUUUUUUCAUCUUCCGGGAGAUGUUUUCAACGAGAAACAUGCCUUGGCGGCUAUUCACAAGGUGCCAAUAGAGGGAUGGAUACAAAUUAUUCUGUUUAUCAGUCUAGUUGAAAUUGCGACAUUUCGUACUACGUUUUCCUUUGAUCGUGAACCUGGUGACUUUGGAUUUGAUCCCCUUGGUCUUGCAAAAUCUCCACAAUUACGCAGGAGAUAUCAAGAGUCGGAGAUACGAAACGGCCGUUUGGCAAUGAUUGCUGUUAUUGGGUUUAUUGUGCAGGAACUAGUGACUGGUAAAAGUGUGGUGGAACAACUCCAGAGCUUGAAUUUGUUUUGAGUUUCGAAAUUGUUUUGGGAAGUUUCUCUAACAAUAAAAAGGGAUU